UUGGUGAGUGUGUGUGCUUUAUUCAGAACCAUGUCAAAGAAAACAGUCCUGUCAGUGGAGCUGUUUUGUCCGAAGUGCAGGCAGAAUGUAAUGAAGGUAAUUUCAGACAUUGUAGGGAUAACUUCUAUCGUCCUCGAUGCAUCCAAAAAUACCGUAACGGUGACUGGUGAAGCCGAUCCCUUUAAGAUCAUUAAGAAAGUGAGGAAAUUCAGAAAACAUGCAUCGAUUGUAAGUAUAGGGGCUGCGAAAGAUGAGAAGAAGGACGAGAAGAAAGAUGAGAAGAAGGAUGAGAGGAAAGAUAUUGUAAUAUACACUCCAAACACGUGCCAGAAAUGUGAUGUUUGGUAUGUUGUGCGUGAUGACGUUUACCAUUAUUGUUCCAUUCUGUAAAACAAAGAUUCCCAUAUUCCGAAUGUAAUCAUUUGUUGUAAAUUUA